GCCCUCUGCCCCUCAACCACCGUCCAUGGCUCGGAGUCUCGGCAGUCUUUCCGAUGCCGAAGGCGCUGUUCGGAAUGUUCGAUGGCGGGCAUGGUGAACGGUUCUCGUGGCCGGUCAUGCAUAGAUCCCUGAAAAUAAAAGUAGGGACGGGACUCCUUUUGUAAUUCAUACUCAGUCGUCCUUUUCCAGUCAAUUGAGCUUCCAUUACUGCCUUCCAAUCGCGUAUUCCCCCAUCAUGUCGAUCAAGGACAAGGUCAUCGUCAUCACAGGCGCCGCCUCCGGCAUGGGCCUCGAAACUGCCCGCCUCUUCGCUAGCAAGGGCGCGAAGCUCUCCCUAGCCGACAUCCAAGAGCAGCCUUUGAAGGAUCUCGAGGCAGAGCUACAGCGGUCUGGUGCCCAAGUGAUGGCCACGGUGGUAGAUGUUAGCAACCGGAAAUCCGUGGAGGAUUGGAUCGCGAAGACAGUGGAGAAAUUUGGGAAGCUUGACGGCGCAGCCAAUCUGGCUGGAGUCAUCGGAAAGCAAAACAACAUCGCGGGCGUUGAAGAGAUCGACGACGCGGACUGGGACUUCAUCUUUGGUGUCAAUACGAAGGGGCUUCUGAACUGCCUGCGGGCUCAGGUGCCUCACUUCAACAACGGUGGCGCUAUUGUGAAUGCUGCCAGUAUCCUGGGUUUGAUCGGCUCGAAGAAGAGCAUCGCAUAUGUGGCAUCCAAGCACGCCGUCGUGGGAAUGACGAGAGCCGCCGCAAAGGAGCUGGGAGAGAGGAAUAUUCGGGUCAACUGCUUCUGCCCUGGCCCCAUUGAUACUCCGAUGUUGAGGAAGUCCGCCGAAAUCCGAGGAACUAAGAUGAACUAUGAUUUCCUCGCCCUGAACAGAGCCGCCGAUCAGAAGGAAGUACCGCCGCUCCUCGAGUUCUUGAUCUCGGAUGCGUCUUCCUUCAUAACCGGCGUAGCCAUGCCCAUUGAUGGCGGGUGGUUCUGCUAGCAGCCCAUAAUCACCCUAGAAUGAAUGUUAAUGUGCAUCUCACUUGCACGCCCAUCUAUCAACUGGC